UAAAAAAAAAUACAGUGAUCUCAUAAUUUUUCCCACUUCCAACCGCCACUCUAAUUUUUCUUUUAGCGCGGCUACAGCUUUUUGCGAGAAAGGCAAGAAGGAACAGCGGCGGCGGCACGGCAAGUGACAGCAGCUCCGCCCUCUCUCUCGCCAGCGGGAAGGAAAGCGGCAGCUCGACAUUCGCUCUAGUACACCAAGCGGACAGCGGCAAGGUAGCAUAACAAGAUUUCGUUUCAUUGCAUUAGGGUUUCCGAGGUCAGAAAAUUGAAUUGUCUUGUUACAACCAUUGAAUUGGGCCAGCUGCAUUAGGGUUUCAAUGGUUGAUAGGAUCAGCGCUUUGCCAGACGAAAUGCUCCACCACAUUCUGUCAUUUCUCCCAACGGAAAACGCCGUCGCCACCGGAGUUCUUUCAAAGAGAUGGACCCAUCUCUGGCGCUCAGUUCCCGUUCUCGACUUGUCAACCAUCAGAAUGGUUCCAAGAGACGUUGAUGACAACAGUUUCUUCUUCAGCGAUCGUGUCUACUCUGUUCUUCUCCUUCGCGACGCCGCUUCACCCAUCAAAUCGUUCACCCUUGAGCUUGAUAAUGAUGUUGCCACUCGUCUAGACAUUGCCAAUGUUAGCAAAUGGGUCAACUUUGUCACACAAUGCAGAUUUGGAGUUGAGCAACUUCUUCUCUGUGUCAUCACUGUAAUGGGAAAACCUGAAUUGCCCAUUAGCGUUUUCCGAUGCAGCAGAACGUUGGUGGUUCUCAAAUUGCUUGGAUUCAUUUUGAAAGGUGAUUUUCCCAUUACACUUCCAUCGCUCAAAAUCUUGCAUUUUGAUGAUGUUUUAUUCGCAAGUGCUUCACUCCUCAAGGAGUUUCUAGUUGGAUGUCCAAUUCUUGAGGAUUUUCACGUGCGUUCUGUAAGUGUCGACGGUGAUUUCCCUUUUUACUUUGAAGAGCUUAAAAAUGUAGGCUUGACCAAGUUGACCAGAGCAAAUAUUGUUGACUCUCAGAGUGAUUUUCCGUUCAAACCAUUUUAUAAUGUGAAGUCUCUGCGCGUAGAAAUAGAUCUGGUGGAUCAUGACUUUCCUUUCUUUGAUAAUUUGACCCACUUGGAUCUUCUCAUGGAACCGGAUCAAUCAUACUUGCUAGCAAAAAUUCUCAAGCACUGCCCUAAGCUUCAAAGUCUUGUCCUUGAGAGACCGGAGGAGAGCCGUGACCUAGAAAAUUGUGACCUAGGAAAUUGGGUGGACCCAGACUUUGUUCCCGAAUGCCUUGCAUUAAAUCUUAAAUCUUGUACUUUCCGAGAUUUUAAAGGCUUAAAAGUUGAGUUUCAGUUAGCAAGUUAUGUUUUGAAGAAUGCAAGAGUUUUAGAAACCAUGACAAUCUGUAACCAACAGAGUAUCAGCCAAAGACAAAUAAAAAAGUUAUACUCAGCCGCCCUGAGGAGCCCUUCAAGAUGUCAAAUUACAGCUUUGAUCAUGUAGGCCAUGUAUCACAUAUUUUGAGAUUUAAUUAUGGAUUCAAGCUUGGUGGAAGUUUGCCCGUAUUCUAGUUAUGAGCUCUCUCAACACUUUGAGUUUGAGGAGAUCCGAGUGAAACAUUUUUUUCCAAAAGGAGCGGUUGUGUAUAUGGAGUCUACCAUCAGAGGAUGUUUUGAAGUUCAAUGUGGAUGGUUCUUCGAAAGGUAGUUCGGGUCUAAGUGGGAUAGGUGGCGUGUUGAGGAAUUACAAGCAAGAAGUGGUUAUUUUUUUUAAAGCUAUGAGAAUUAUGGGCUUAUGAAGUAGUAUAAGUAAAAGCUAUUUUGAAUGCUUUGUUUUUUUGUCCGUAUUUCUUGAGGCAUGAGUAAAAAUUCAGUUGCCCGUA